AUGGAAAAAGAUUCAACAUACACUGGUCAGAAAGAUAAACGAACGCUGGCACUCAUUAAACCAGAUGCAAUUCAAAAUACAAAUGAGAUUGAAGAUAUGAUACUGAAAAAUAGUUUUACCAUCUUGCAAAAGCGUCAAGUUACAUUGACAGCUGAACAAUGUUCCGAUUUUCAUACUGGCAGUAAGCAUUAUGGCAAGCUUUUUCCAUCUCUCGUUGCAUUCAUGACGAGUGGACCAAUAUUAGCCAUGAUGUUGAAGAGAGAAAAUGCAAUAGGUGCAUGGCAAGAAUUAAUUGGGCCGACAAAUUCAACCCAAGCUAGAGAAUCAUAUCCUGACAGUAGAGUACUGUCAGAUGUUCGAGCACUUUUUGGCACAAAUGAAGAGAAAAAUGCUGUGCAUGGAAGUGAUUCACCUGUUAGUGUUGAAAGAGAAAUAAGAUUCUUCUUUCCAAAUUCAAAUCCUACUCGACCCGUUAUCAUCUUUGGACCAUUUAAAGAAACUAUAUAUGAUCGAUUAAUGACCGAUAAACCAGAUAAAUUUGCAAUUAGUGUACCACACACCACUCGUCCCCGUCGCGAUAACGAAAUAAAUGGCCAAUAUUAUUAUUUUGUACCGUCUCGUGAACAAAUGGAAGAAGAUAUUCAAAAUCAUUUAUUUAUCGAAGCGGGAGAAUAUAAAGAAAAUUUUUAUGGAACAUCCGUGCAAGCUGUCAAAGUUUCAGAAUCGGUGAUCAAAUAUUUAAGAGUAGCCGGUUUAUAUUCAAUAACUAUUUUUAUUAAACCACCAGAUGUGAAAUGGAUCUACGAUAGUAUGGGUGCAGAUGCUAAUAAAGAGAGCGCACAAAAAUUAUAUGAUAAAACAGCAGUUGAAACUGAACAAAUAUUUUUGGAUAUGUUUACUGCUGUUGUUAAAGAAAAUACAUUGAACGAUGUCUAUGAAAAAAUAUGUCAGAUAAUUGAAGAACAGCAAAAUAUUGACUAA